UUCUUAUUCUUUCUCGUGAAAACAACGCCGACCCCCCGCCCUUUUCUUAUUCUUCACCGAGGGUUGCACCCGCCGCACGCCGUUGCUCCGCCGGCCUUCUGCCGCCAGCGCUCUCUCUCCCCUUCGCUACCAUUUCUCUCUCUCUCUUCUGGUCCUCGCCGCUGUUGGAGUUUGUUAGCUGUGCCGCCCGUUGUGCCGUCAAGUUUCGUCGGAGAUUUGUUGAGUUUUGGUUUACUCGGGGUUUUGGAGCAGUUCUCGCUGCUGUCCAGCGAGAUUGAAGUGUUUUCCAGCGACAUUUGGAUAGCUUCAAAUGGCUGCAUUUGCUAACCCCAAUCCUAAUAAAUCCUUUGAGGUUGCUCAGCCUCCUAGUGAUUCUGUGUCGAGCCUUAGUUUUAGUCCAAAGGCGAAUCACUUGGUUGCGACUUCAUGGGAUAAUCAGGUUCGUUGCUGGGAAAUAAUGCAAAAUGCAGGUAAUCUUGCCAGUACGCCUAAGGCUUCUAUAUCCCACGAUCAACCGGUUUUAUGCUCAGCCUGGAAGGAUGAUGGAACGACUGUGUUUUCUGGAGGCUGUGAUAAACAAGUUAAAAUGUGGCCCCUAUUGUCAGGUGGUCAAGCCAUGACUGUAGCCAUGCACGAUGCACCUGUCAAAGAAGUUGCUUGGAUCCCUGAAUUGAACCUAUUGGUUUCUGGAAGUUGGGACAAGACAUUAAAGUAUUGGGAUACAAGGCAGCCAAACCCUGUACACACGCAACAACUUCCUGAUCGCUGUUAUUCAAUGGCAGUGAGACAUCCCCUAAUGGUAGUUGGUACUGCAGAUAGAAAUCUCAUAGUAUUUAACUUGCAAAAUCCUCAGAGUGAAUUUAAGAGAAUUGUUUCACCCUUGAAGUAUCAAACAAGAUGUGUAGCCGCCUUUCCUGAUCAGCAAGGUUUCUUGGUUGGUUCAAUAGAGGGAAGGGUUGGUGUCCAUCACCUUGACGAGUCUAUGGCAAAUAAGAACUUCACUUUCAAGUGCCACAGGGAUGGGUCUGAGAUAUAUUCUGUCAACUCCUUGAACUUCCAUCCUGUGCAUCACACUUUUGCAACUGCAGGGUCGGAUGGUGCUUUUAAUUUCUGGGACAAGGAUAGCAAGCAGAGGCUGAAGGCAAUGUCACGGUGUAGUCAGCCCAUAAGUUGUAGCACUUUCAACCAGGAUGGGUCGAUAUUUGCAUAUUCAGUGUGCUACGAUUGGAGUAAAGGGGCAGAAAAUCACAACCCAGCAACAGCAAAGACUUACAUCUACUUGCACCUUCCACAGGAGGUUGAGGUUAAAGGCAAGCCACGAGUUGGGGGCGGCGGAAGAAAGUGAUACCUGUCUAAUCGAUUACAUUUGUUCAUCAUUGUUCUCUAAUGUCAAAUUACUAAUAGGGUUUAACUAAGUUUGCAAAAGUGUUGAAUAUAUUUUUAGUUUAGAAUGUAGACUAUUUUUUUUUGUAUGAUUGGCAAAUAUCGAAUUUUCAAAUACUUGAAAGAGAUCUACAGUUGGAUUUCCUUUGCUAAGAGAUUCGUAUUUUUGUACCAAGUUGUUCAACAGUGAUAAAUGCUUUUUGUGAAAUUAAACAAUUUUAGUUUGAAGAA